AUGUCUAAUGACACUAGUAUUAAAUCAAUUUCAAGUAAAGAUAAGAGUAAUAAAGAUUCAAAUCAACACAAUGAUAAAUCAUUAAUCAAAUCCCCACAAAAUCAGCAAAACUUACAACAGCAGCAAGAUCAACAAGAUCAACGAGUUAUAGAUGAAGAAAAUCAAACACAACCAAUCCCCAUUUUCAAUCCUAUUUCAACCCAAUCAAGAAAAAUCCAACCAUCAUUACAAUUAAUAAAUAAUACUAAUAAAAUAAAUCAAAUAUAUAAUGAUCCAAAAAUUACAGCAAUACAUGAAACUUUAAAUAAAUCAGGUACAUUAUUCAUUACAUCUAUAUAUUGUUUUAUGAUUAAUUUAAAUAAUACCAAAUAUUCAAACACUGAGAAAUUGGACUUAUUUAUACAAUUUUAUAUAAAUGAACAAUUUAAAAAUUUACCAUUUUUAGGAGAAAUUGAAUUAAAUAAAGAAGAAUAUGAGAUAGUAUUAAACUUAUUUAAUGAUUUGUUCUUUAAUUAUAAUUUCAUUACUUUGAGUGGUGAAUAUUUAAAGAAUAAAAAUAAGUUUCAACUAUUAAUUAGUGAUUGGUUUAAAAAGCGUGGUGUUAUUAUGGAAACAAAUAAAGAAUUUAUGAGAGAAAUAUUAAGUGCUGGUUUAAAUGACUGGUUUUUACAUUUACAGAGAUAG